AAUGACAUAUCAAAGAUAUCAUAUUUUAGUCCCUGUGUCGUUCUUGUAUGGGAUUUCCUAGGCCUCUCUAUUUCCCCCACAACCUACCUGUCUGCAUUUAAACCACAGUCAAAUUAGCAUCCACUCCUCCCUCAUUCAUCAGGUAUCUAGAGUGGAGCAAGGGGAGGUGUGUGUGUGUGUGUGUGUGUGUGUGUGUGUGUGUGUGUGUGUGUGUGCGUGUGUGUGUGUGUGUGUGUGUGUGUGUGUGUGUGUGUGUGUGGCAGGGUUUCAGUGGGUGUCUCCCUAACAGGAGAGCUGUAUAAAGUGACAGAACUGGAGGGAUGACUGUGUGCGACAGUAAAACAAAGGAACCGGACAGAACAGGAAAUUGUAACCUAACAUUUAGACUCUCUGCCUCCUAAAGUGCCUUGUCGACCUACUUUUUUCCAUGCGUUCCUGAUACUCUCACAGGCACCGAUGUCAAACAUCACCUCCAAUGACUCGGGGGUACCGCUGAUCUGUCCCCUGCUACAGAUGAUGAGGGAGGACAGAGUGAACAACAACACCAAGGCCAACAUGGUAGUGGUUUGCUUCCACGGCCUGGUCUCUUGCCUGGGGAUUUUGGAGAACGCCCUCAUCCUCUGGGUGGUGGGCUUCCGCCUGAAGCGCCGCACAGUGGCCUCUGUCUGGGUGCUCAACCUGGCCAUGUCUGACUUCCUGACAACUCUGACGCUGCCCCUUUUCACCUUGUACUUGAACUCCUCGCAUAGCUGGGAGCUCGGCGACAGGCUUUGCAAAGCGCAGGCGUCCAUCUUCUUCUUGAACAUGUUUGUGUCAGCCUUCCUGCUGGCUGCCAUUUCGGUGGACCGCUGCCUUCUGGCGGCCAAGCCGGUGUGGAGCCAGAAUCAUCGCUCAGUGGCAGGAGCGUGGAAGGUGUGUGCGUUGGGUUGGCUGUGGGCGGCAAUUAAUACAUUGCCUUACUUCCUGUUCCGCUCAGUGACUAAGAAAAUGGAUGAGAAGAAACUGUGCUAUCAUAAUUUUGCCUUGUAUUCCUCAUCUCAUGCCACUCUGGACAGAGAUUGCGAUGUGAGGCAGUCGGCAACUGCCAUCUCCAAGUUGCUACUGGCAUUCCUGUUCCCCCUGGUGGUGAUUGCAGGAAGCUACAUCCAAAUUGUUCUCAGCCUGAGGAAGAGGAGCAUGAGGAGGCAGCAGAGUGUUUGCAGGUUCACUAAUGCACUGAUUGUGAAGAAAGAUGGGCCAUCAGGAAUUCCAAAUACCCCUACAACCACAAAAAACUCCGGUCCAUCUUCAUCCCCUUCACGCACUAGAUUGUUCUCCACUUACCCUAGUCAAACCAAUCUCAGUCAACUGUCCCAGAGCUUCACAAGGAUGGUGACAUUUGUGAUUGCAGCAUUUGUACUGUGCUGGGCUCCCUAUCACAUCUUCUGCAUGAUCGAAGCGACAGCCUGGCGAAAAACUCUCGAACUGGUGGAGGUGGGGCUGCCCUUCGCCACAACCUUUGCAUUCUUGAACCCCGUGUUGAACCCCAUUCUGUACGCCUUCAGCAUUCCCGACUUCUGUGUGAGAAUACGACAGAGUCUGGGAGCAGUGUUUGAUGGACUGGUAGAGGAAAGAGGGGGGUUACUGACGGCGCCAAGGAAAACUUUAAGAGCCCAUAUUCAGCGGAGGAGCAGUCGAGAUGUGGGCCUUGCGACGCCAGGGUCACCAACGGGUUCAUCACCUGUAAACCAACCGCCCCUUCCACUGCCUUCGCCCUCUGAAGACCUCAAAGACACUCACAUGGAGCAUACAAGACAAGAAUCAGAAGAUGAGGCGGAGCAUAGCUGAGACACUGGAUUUGCCAUGCCAAUGCCGUUGGAACUAUUUGUAUUCUAAAAUGUUUCAAACUAAAUACUUCAGACCUGUUUGACACAUUUCAAUUUGAAUCUUAUUAACAUCACUUUGUUUUGCCCUGAUAUUCCAGGGGCUUUGUAAUCAGAUAUCGCUUUAGCUUGGCUGGCUUCAUGGCUUCGUUUGCUACCACCUGAAGACACAUGACGCCUUUUUGGCCCUACCGUCGCUGUUGCUUGAUAUACUGUAACUGUCAUCUCGCCUUUACAGCCUUAGCCUUAGCAAUGUUAGCUUUGUACUUCUGGCGAUUGCAUUUACACUGAACAAAACAUGUAAGUAUCAUAAACAUGUGUUUGCCACAGAGCUUAUUUUCAGCAAUAAUCUGAAACCCAAUGGUAAAAAUCCAUUGGCUUUUCGUCGAGGGAACCCAGGGGUAUGCUAACUUCCUGGUUGGCCUACAAAAAUACAUCAUUCCUGGAACACUCUACUGCGGAAUCGCUGUGUGAAAGGGGCUCUUGUGAGCAUGUUAGCAUGCUGAUGUUAGAAUUCAGCUCCAAGUAUUGCCGUACCUAAUUACAGCCUCACAGAGCCGAAAGCUGUAGACUUCUUGUUUUGUUACGUAUCUAGGAUGCUGAUACAAUAUUUGCAUUUUGACUACAAUAUUUUGCACAGCAUUGAAUGGACUCAAUGCCAAUUUUUUGUAUGUAUCACUUCAUUAAAUUACAAUGCAUUUUGUACGGACA